AUGUCUUUCCGCUCUCUUUCCGCUCUGCCUCCUGUCUUCUCAUCACUUGUUCGUACAACAAGCAUUGUGUCGCGAAUACCACCCCUCACUUCUCGCUUUUUACACAGUCGAAAAAGAGCACCUGUGAUACCUCACACAUCGAUUCAAAUCUUUCGUGAAGUUCCUGAAUUCAGAAUAUGGCGUCGGAAGCAGCUCCUCGAUCACCGAACCAUCGGUCUGGUCCCUACCAUGGGUGCCCUACACGAAGGACAUCUCUCCCUAAUUCGAAUGGCGGCUGCCGAGAAUCACAAUGUCGUGGUUAGCGUUUAUGUUAAUCCUACACAAUUCGGCGUCCACGAGGACUUGGAUAGCUAUCCUAAAACAUGGGAAAAGGAUUGUGAAAUGUUAAAGCGCCUUGACAAGGAAAUCGCUGGAGACGGAGGGAACUUAGGGAAAGUUGCUGCGGUUUUUGCUCCGACAACAGAUGUCAUGUAUCCAAGUGGUCCGCCGAGUCAGGAAGUCAAUGGCAAAGGAAGUUUUGUGACCAUAACUCCAGCAGGGGAAUUACUUGAGGGCGCAAGCCGGCCUACCUUUUUCCGAGGCGUGGCUACCGUUUGUAUGAAGUUGUUCAACAUCGUUACACCAGAAAAGGUGUACUUUGGGCAGAAAGACGUACAGCAAACCGUUGUCAUUCGGAAAAUGGUCAAGGACUUUUGUUUGGGCACAGAUGUCGUCGUAGGAGCCACUCAGCGAGAGGCAGAUGGUCUGGCGCUGAGCUCAAGAAACGUGUAUUUGGGUACAAGACGGCGGAAAAUAGCAACAGUAUUGUCAAAGGCUUUAAGAGUUGCGGAAGCGGCCUACGGUCGAGGCUGCCGAUCCAGAGACGAAAUUCUAGGGCCCGCCAACGAGUUAACAAAGCUUUUACUAAGAGAGCAAUACCAGCUAGAGCCUCAUGAGAGGGUCAAGUUUGAAGUUGACUACCUAUCUCUAGCAGACUUGGACACCAUGGAGGAAUUGGACGAAGUUGACAGCACUCGUGGCGCCAUUUUGAGCGGUGCAGUGAAGAUGCUUCCCGUCGAAUCUCCGCAGCCUGGAGAGGAUCUUGGCCUUUCUGAUGGUCCAGCUGUACGCCUGAUAGACAAUAUCAUCUUGAAGUCGAAACAAAUGGCUUCGAGUAUCUGA